GGAAGACAGUCGACGAGCGACAAGCGAGCCCUAGCUUUUUCGCAGCCGCCGUUGCCAACAUCGCCGGCCGCGCCACCUCCCCUCGGACGCUGCCGCAAGCCGCCUCAUCCCGCUGCGUUGUCGCAGGCGCCUCCUCGCUGAGUUUAUCAUGGUGCGGCCCAAGCCAUCUUCAUCCAAGAAACCAAAGCGUGGUGUGGAUUUCAAAAAAAUAAAACAUAAGAUUGGCCGAAAGCUGCCACCACCAAGGAAUGCUACCAGCACUGAGAUCAAGUCCAAAGCCAUUGUGCUUCCAGAGCAGAGUGUUGCAUCAGAGAGGGAUGGGCUUGCUGUGAACAAGAAAGGCCUGACAUUAAGAGAGCUCCUUCAGCAGACAUCCCAUCACAAUGCUAAGAUACGGCGUGCUGCACUAACUGGUGUAAGGGAUCUUGUCUUGAAAUACCCAUUGGAGCUUAAGCUUCACAAGCUCGCCAUUAUAGAGAAGCUCCGUGAACGAAUAAGUGACAAUGACAAGGUGGUUCGUGAGACACUAUAUCAUCUCUUAAAAACUGUGAUCUUUCCAUCAUCAAAAGAGGAAAUUACUGCACCUAUAAUUUCUUUGCUAAUGGCCUACAUUUUUAAUGCAAUGUCACAUCUGGCAGUUGAUGUUCGGCUAAUGGCUUUCAAGUUUUUUGAACUUGUUGUUCUGAACUAUCCAUCCUCCUUUAUGUUAUAUGCUGAGAAGGUUCUUGACAAUUAUGUUGAUAUUCUGAGAAACAACCAAAUAUACUUAGUUGACAAGAGCAAACUCAAGAAUGUCCUUGGUGGACUUGCUCACUGCCUAUCUCUGUUAUCCAACAAGAGCCUAGAGGACAAUAGAUUGAACAAUCUGAACCAAGGCAUUGUUCAGCCGAAAGGUUUAUAUGCCUACAAGUCAGAAGUACAUGAAGAUAAUGCAGCAGGAAUUUCUUCCGUAUCUGGGAAUCUUGAAAAUCUUGUUCCAGUACUUGUUAAUUCUUUCCUGGAGUCCACUUCAAUGAGGCCAACAAUGGAUGUGAUUGAUGCACCAACAUUUGAUUGCAUGUUGUGCACACUUCAAUGUAUAAAUUCGGCUGUCAAAAUUUAUGAAAUGGGGAAGCCUUAUACGUUGCUAUUUAAUGGACGUGAUAUGACACAGAACAAUAUGAUGAUAUACAUGAGGAAACUAUGGGAAACAUUUCCCGUUGGCCGGCUGUCUCAAUCACCAGAAAAGGUUGAUAACAAAUAUAUCGUUUUGGAUAUCAAGAUUGCUGAAAUAUUUUUACACCUAACAAAAUGGAUGAAUGAUACCAGUUUCCUUAAUGAAAAGCUUCUUGGAUUCAUUGAAAGUUUGCUACUGGCUGGAACUAAUACACCACUGAACAGGGUGCUUACGGAAAAGCACAUAGGUUCUCUAUUACCAUUUACACCAAGACUUCUUUCACAGGUUACGGGCUGCUGGAAGGCCAGGCUUCUUGAGGCCUUUACUUAUUCAUUCAAGGAAUGCAAGGUGGAUUCCAGGCUCUAUAUAGCAUAUCUGUGUGUGGUGGAGGAAUUGCUUUCUGUUACAAGCAAUCUUGGUUUGCCGACAUGUGCAGCCACAUAUGAAGAUUUGCUACGCCACCAGAUUGCUUGGAUGAGAGAGCUUCCAAGGAUUCUAUUGCACCUAGGUUACAAACACCCAUCUACCACAAUGGUUGUUUUGAAAAUUCUUCUUCGAAUUGGACAGUCUUCAAUGCCAAAUUUGGCCUUUGGUAUCGAGUAUGACUGCCUCCAAUUUACUUUGAGAGAAUUUUAUGGAACUAAGACUGAUGCAGGAUCAGUUCAUUAUGGACCUUUUAUGAAGCUUCCCCGUGAUUGCCAGGAACUUGCCAUCUGCUGCUUAUACUACUUCUCAAGUUUGAGUUUAGAUUUCUUGGAGUCAUUGACCUAUUGCUGCUUAUGUAACGAUAUGGAACCACUCAUACUGUUAAGAAUUGUUGAGGUUUUGCAAUCUGCAUAUAAAGCCGGUCAUGUGCCAAUUUCCGAGUAUAUUGGUUUCUUGGUAACUCAAGUUGCACGGUUUAAAGUUUUUCCUGAAAAGUUUCUUGUUGAGAAGAAUCAUGGGAAUGUUUCAAAUCGAAAGACCUUCAAGUCUCUCACAGAUGCUGUGUUUGGAUGCCUUACUCAGAUGGGUGACAGCUGUAUAAUGCUUAAGUUGCUUUGCAAGAAUAUAUUAAAUGAAAUGUCACUAAAGCCACCUAUAGACAAUUUCCGUGGGUUGCUCAGAAUGAUCAUUGCACUCGAUACCAGGCCUACUAAACUUCUGGAUGAGGAUAUUAUUAACUUAAGCAAAUUGCUUUCUCGUUACAUGGUCGAUGCUGUUUCAUGCAUAUCUGAAGAUCCUAAUGUGGCUCAUCGAUUUAAUCAGAUGAGCAUAUUUGAUUAUUAUGUAAAGCCUUGUAUCAUCCUUUUUUUUGCAAGUGACAAGCUCUUGCUUCUUGUGUUGAAGUCACUCGAUUACUUUCUCAUGGAAGACUGCAUUCUGCUUCCUUCUCAAUCCUGUGCUAAAUAUGGAUUUGAGAGCUCAAGCAGAAUACAUGCAGUGUCAUGUAUCCUCACCUUUAUGCAUAAUUAUGCAAGGCUCCAUAGAAGUCUUUCAAGGAGUAAAGCAGCCAUUGAGCAUAUUCUGCUGAGUAUGCAGAAUUUAUUGGAUUCAGACAAACAUAGCAGAUCUCUUGAAGAAAGAAGCAGGUUACAAAGUGAUCUUGACCAAGUGACAGCAAGAAUACAUGACUUUUGGCGAAUUUGGGUUGUAAAUGGUCUGGAAGGAGUUUAAGAAGCUAAUCAACUAUAAUCAUCUCACCAAAUGAUGUGCGAGGAUUGCAAAGCGCUAUCGAUGAGAAAUUAAAGGUCCCAGAAUGAUGAUGAUGAUGCCGGCAGUGAAGAUGAUAAAAUCCUUCUUGGUUGAAGGCUUAGCUCAAUGGAAGGUGCAAUCUCUUGCAAUUCAUGAGCCAGGUCAGUGAAUGCUGGUGAUGCACUUCUCAAAGAACGCUGUCCGGAUCCAAGCGGUGUUCUGAAAACACACAAGUUAGUGACAACUGUUCUCUCAUCUGCAUGAUUUUAAUGCAUGCAUAAGAUGGGAAGUUAGUGACAACAUUUUCGUUUUUGUAAUCAUUUGUUUAUUGUUUUCAUAUUGUUUUCUUCAUAGUGGAAUAGUUAAUUUAGUAACCAUUGUUUACAUCUCUUGCCCGGUUAUUGAUAAGAUGGGGCCUUUUAGGCAAAGCCAAUGGAAUAUUAUUGAUAAGAACAAUUUUUAA